AUGAAGUACGCCGCUGUCCUUUUCGCCGGUGUGGCCGCUGCCGCCUACGUUCCAAACGCUGAGAGCUCAUGGCCGGCUACGACUUCGUCUUCGUCUGUUGCCGCUGGUUACUGGCCAUCCAAGUCCGUUGCCACCUCCAGCUCCAGCUCAUCCCCCGCUGGUUACUGGCCAUCCAAGUCGGUUGCCACCAGCUCGAGCUCGUCCGCUAAGCCAACCUGGACCACCAUUGAGUGCGAGGGCCCAACCACCUUCACCUGGGGCAGCACCACCUACUCUGCUACCAGCGCUACCUCAUGGGUCCUGCCAUGCGAGGAGACCACCACCACUGCUGCUCCAGUUAAGCCAACCUAUGCGGCAACCUGGCCAGCAGUCAACGCUUCCACCCCAGCCACCACCCCAACCUGGGCCGCUACCACAGCCUCGGCCGUCUACUCAUCCAGCCCUCUCCAGGUUACCGCCAACGCUGCCGUCAACAACGUUGCCGGUGCCGGCGCCGGUCUUGCUGGUGUUUUCGCUGCCGUUGCUUACCUUCUGUAAAUAUGCUUGCACGGCGCAUUUCGUUUCUGACGCAUUAAGGCUUGUCUUUGAUGGGAUUGGGAGUUCCAAGGCUCUGUCAGAAUUUAAUGCUACCACGCAUACGAUGUACUUUGGUCUAGAUUUUAAAUAAUAGUUCUUGCUGAGAAAAGCAAGCGGUGUUCAAAAUGGAUCCUUUUCUUUCUAAGUUGAUUCUAAUUUGCAUCGAAUGUCUGUGGGAGUGGUUGAUCUUGUUGCAGUGAAUAAAAAGCUUAAACAAGAUUCUCGACAGGUCGAGUCCGCA